AUGAACAUCCUCCAUUCCACCCUCUCAACCUGGCGGGAUCGCCUGGCCCCCGUCUCGCGCACCUCCACCUUCCGCACCACCGGUCAAAUCACCCCAGAAGAGUUCGUCCUCGCCGGCGACUACCUCGUCUACAAGUUCCCGUCAUGGUCGUGGGCCGACGCCUCCUCGCCCGCCAAGCGCGUCUCCUACCUGCCCCCCGGGAAGCAGUUCCUGGUCACCCGCGGCGUGCCCUGCCACCGGCGGCUGAACGAGAACUUCGCGGGCGAUGCGGGCCACGAGGACGAGAUCGUCAGAGAUAUGCUUGCCGGGGAUGAUGGAGACGGGUGGCUACGUACGGGCGGAGGACGCGAUCUCGCAGAGGGCCACGCUGAUCGGACGGGGGAUGUCCGCACCGUCGACGAGGCGGGCAAUAUCGGGGAGCGAGAGGAGGGGGACGACGAGGAGGAGGAGGAGAUCCCUGAUAUGGAGGAUGAGGAUGAUGACGAGGAGGCAAUCAUUCGUGAGCCGGCGGGCACGUCGAGUACAACCCAACCCAUCCGCACCUACAACCUCUAUAUCACAUACUCCAACUUCUACCGCACCCCACGCCUCUACCUCUCCGGCUACCUCUCCCCCUCCGAGCCCCUCCCCCCACACCUCAUGAUGGAAGACAUCGUCGGCGACUACAAAGACAAAACCGUCACCCUCGAGGACUUCCCCUGGUUCGACGGCGGCGUCAAGAUGGCCACCGUGCACCCCUGCCGCCACGCCUCCGUCAUGAAGACCCUGCUCGACCGCGCCGACGCCGCCCUCAAGAUCCGCCGCGACAAGCUCAAGCAGGCACAUUCGCCCGCCGAGGCGUCGCGCAUCUCCGCUGAGCGCGGCCUGGAGGGCCUCGUCGAUGAAACCCGGGGGUUGUCGCUGGGCGAGCAGCAGCAGCAGGGCGGUGGCGGCAGCGGCGGCGAUGAGUGGGAGGUUCUGCAGCAUGAUGAGGAGGAUCAGGUGGCUAUCCGCGUGGACCAGUAUCUGGUUGUGUUUUUGAAGUUUAUUGCUAGUGUGACGCCCGGGAUUGAACAUGACUUCACCAUGGGUGUAUAA